CAAAAUCAUAUGUCAUCAUGACUUAAGAACAAAAAUAGUUUAAAAUAUGAAUUUAUCAAAUUUACAACGGCUUUUUUCAAACUAUUCCACACAAUCAUUUUCCACCAAAAAUUUUUCGACAGAAUCUACAAGAUCUUCGAUCCAAGUAUGUCUUUUGAACGCCCAUACACCUCUGGGAAAAAUGACCAGUUUCCUCCUCAAGCAAAAUCCAAUAGUAUCAAAAGUAAAACUUCAAGGGGACAGAAAAGUUACAAAUUUAGCUGAAGUAUUAAAUCAGAUUGACACAAAAUGUCGAGUGGAGCCUUAUCCCCACGUUAAAGAUCUUCCGAAAUCCUUAAUGGGAGCAGACAUUGUGUUACUUCUAUCAAGUCAAGUAUGGCCUCAAGACACACCCAUCGGGAAGCGAAUUCUUGGAGAAAGUCAACGAGUGUAUGACGUUAUCAAAGAAUGUACCUUACAAGCUCCUAAAGCGUUAGUCGUCGUAGCUGUUCCUCCAGUAUCAGUAUUUACGCCUUUCGUCGCUAAUGUGUUCAAACAGUCUCAUUUUUACCAUCCUGGUAAGAUAGUUGGUUCAGCUGCAAUGGCACAGAUUACUAUUAAUAGUCUAGUUGGUAGAUAUCAUGAUAUGAAUCCAUUUAUAACCCAGGUACCAAUCAUAGGCGGUCCAGAUAUAGAUGUUGCGGUACCACUACUAAGCAGAGCUAAGCCAGUGCCUGUACCUGCCAGAUGUACUAACAUUUUGAUGUCAAAAUUCAGGCAAGUAGAGCUAGAGUCAUUUCCAAAAAUACAUUGCAAGGAAAACUGUACUGAAUAUCAUCCAAUUAGUGAAGCGUAUGCUCUAAAUAAUAUGAUUGUAACACUAGGUUCAGGUAUACUAGAAGAUCCAAAAGCUGUCUAUAACGCCUUUGUAAGAAUGAACCUGGUUUCCAGUUGUCAGUAUCUGGUAUCGCUGCUGCAAUUUUCAAAAGAGGGAGUUGUGCAUAAUUUUGGAUUGCCAACACUGACGAAUUUCGAACUGGGUAUGUUGGAACGGGCAAUUACAUUAAUAAAACUACGAGAGGAAAUAGCGACGGAACUCGUUAGUUACUGCGAGGGAAAAUGUAAAACGCCAACUAUGAAACGAGCUGGACUUAAUUGAUAUUUGUAAUGUAAAAAAG